GUCCACACCUUCGUCCACACCUUCAUCCGCAUCCUCGUCGUCAGUUCCAUCGUCGCCAUCUUCCUCCCCCUCUGGCCCCGCUCCCUCGCUACCACCUUCUUCCUCAUCAGUAUUUGCCGGUGCAGAGAAAAAGGCUGGUAUUUGUAUGACAGGAAGGUCAACGGGACACUCCCGCGCCGGCAAUACCACAGCACUAACAAAUCCAAGCACAGGUCGACAUUCUUCUCAGUUUAUACCCAUCUCAACCUUUGCGCUCAUCGAUAUACCCGCUAUUGUGGACUCUAGCUUGUUCCCAAUUGCUUCCCGUCAUUCUUCCUUGUCUUCGUUUUCUUCGCCGUUCUCAAGCACCGCAGCAUUGUCACCAGGGAACACAGCAACUUGUGCAACAUCACCUUCAGCAGCAGGAACUGCCGCUAAGGCUGCCUUCACCACCAUUCCCCCGCUUUCAGUGCCAAAAGCCCAGACACUCCAUUUCCCAGAACUCGAAGGAAACAUGGCUCGACGACAGUCUUGCAGUGACCUUCCACCCACAUCCAUCAUCAUCCCACCUUACUCCCGCUCGUCCUCCCCGCCCUUUGUCACCAAGGCCAGCUCUCACUCCAAGUCGACCAGCACAGAUAUGCGGUCGUCUGUGAAGAGCCGCCUUUUGCGUAAUUGGAUGGGACAGAGCGGACAGCAGCAAUACAAGGUCCUAGAGCGCUCCCUUUCCAGGUUCCAUCAGAAGGACCGAUACAGGAUCGAUGUUCUCAAGACAAAUCUCUUGCCCUGGCUCCAUAAGGACCAACCAAAUUUGGAUUCAUUGUCUGAGGCAUCGCUCAAGACAGGGCGACAGCUUAUUAUGCAGUGGUGGUCGGCGCUGCUUCUUGCUCUGCCGGAUGCGCUAUACACGGACAGAUGCCACUACUUUGACUGCAUCAUCGCUCUUAUGACCAGAAAAGAAUUCGAGGAGUUUGAUCGCGUGGAGGACAUGAUGUCAAAGCCAACAACGCCGUCAACAAUGAGGACCUUUAUUGAGGGAUCAGGAACUGGCUCCGUCACCGAGCACACCUCCUCAACGACGUCUGUAUCAUCUAGCACGACUCUCGGAUCCGGAUAUCCAUUCACUGAUUCCAGUGCAUUUUGGUCAUUGUUUCAACAAUACCGCAAAUUACUUACCCAGUCUCUGCACUAUGCAAUUGAACGACUGAACCAGAAGGGUGUCUACUCCAACGUAAUCACUUUUUGCGCAAAAAUUCUGGCGAUAUGUUUCUUCAAGCUGCCCGGCGUUGCAUUUGGACUGUUGCAUGCACUCCCAGCAAGUCGAUCUUAUAUCGGUCGUAUGGUAAAGGCUAUGGAUCUCCAAGGAGAAAACUGUGGGAUGCCUCAAAUUAUGACCUUCUUUCCUGAGCAUCUCUCGCCAAUCUGUUUCACUGGGACGGGGUCCUGGUGGAGAGAAUUUGAGAAGCAAAAACGCAAGAUGAACUCUGGUGAGGCAUCAUUACCGAUGGAGAUGUUUGGAAACUGGGUGCGCCGGUGGCAAAGCGAUGAUAGUGAACUGUUUUUCGCGUUUUAUCGACACUAUCAUCAUUGUCUCUCUCAAUAUCUGGAGGUGCCAUUGCAAAGGAUUCAGGCCGGUGGAUGGGCAACCACGGCUGUCACACCGAAAGUGUAUGCAGGGGCGCCAGGAUACCUUUAUCUCUCGGCCUUUUUCUUGACAAAGAUCGAAGGGCUCGUCCAUCGCGAGAUUCAUCCUGUCACAACCAUCGUCCAAUUCGAGCCAAAUGCAGCCAACGGAAGUGGCACAGGGGCAGCAGAGCGGGACCGUGCCAUGGCAUCUGUUGCAACGGGAGAGUUUCCGGGAACAGCUGCUCCGCCCGAUGUCAAGCUACCGAACGGAGUGGAUGCGGGUAAAGAUAAUGCCAACGGCGGGCCGACGAACGGUAAACCCAAAGUCCUUGAUAUGGCGUCGAGGAGAUUUGUGGAAACUAUUGUAGCCAUUAUGGAGGACCACGGCACAAUCUAUGGGGCGAUGUUGGAUAUCUGGAUCAAGGCAGUCGUCACCAGGACGAGCGUUUACGAGGUCGAGAGCGUGUUCUGUCUCUUGGACUUUUUGGAUAUGUUGAUCGCUGAACUGGAGUCGAGAGAGUGCAUCCGUCUUUACGACAGCGAACUGUCGACAGUGCCACUUAACCGCGGACCCGCCGUUAUGUUUGUGCCGAUUCAUGUCCAGUUUAUUCUCUCAACCUUGCACCUUCUUUUAACGGGUUCGGACCACACGAUAACACUGAUGCGGACCAUCUCGUUUAUCUACCAAAACUUCUCACUCCUCACGAGCACAGUCCAGACACUGGAGCAGUUGACGCUGGGUAUACUGUUAUCACCAGAUAUUUUCGAGAGGUGCUUCCUUCAUUGGGCGCGCAACGUUCGACUCUACUAUAUGCGGUGUUUAGUCUGGAGGGUAGCGAGGAUUGGCGGCGGUGUCGGAAUAUUGCCUGGAUGGAGACCAUGGACACCUGAAGAGCCUUCUGUUACGCAGGACCAACAUGAAGCAACAGGCGGAAUGGCCUCGAACGGAGCACCCAGUUCAGGCAGCUCAACGAGAAAGACGACGAAAGAGGCGUUGGAAGCCUUGAAAGGGUUGCCCAUCGAACAUUCCCUCAGUUUGAUUGUCAGAAAUAUACUUGAGGUUAUGGAGAGCAGAAUCGACAUGGUGAAGCGACAGUACGCAGGAGAGCUCACGGAGGGGAUGUCGACAAAGAUCAGCGACAAGGACUCAGAGGUUUCGCCACCUGAUUCCAUACCAUCUUCUCCAGGACUUGAGCGGACACCCUCUGGUUCCACGGUCGGGGAGUCGCUCACACCACCAUCCUCUCGGCAACGCUUUCUCUCAAAUGGGACGGCCCAGGAUGAGGAAAGCCAGGAAAAAACGCGCGCCUUUUAUCAACUGCAGGCCCACCAGAUCUACCUGUCGCACCAGAAGCUGGCCCAGUCCGAUGGAAGUGGCAAGACGAAAGACCGGACCAAGAAGUUGAACAGUCGAUCAAGUCUUAUCGGCAGGAAAUUUAGGCGAAUCAGUAAGACGGAAGCAUCAUCUCCUCGACCAGGAAACGACAUGCAGCGGAGAGGCUCGUUGAAUGGAGAUUCCAUGCCCUGCAAUACAUCGACUGGAACUCUUGUCGGAGGCGGCAGUCUAGUCAGCAAACGCGCUAGUACAGGGUCAGCCUCGCUCACUGCCGGUAGUUUGUUUCGAUGGAUGUUCCUGGGUGGUCAGAAUGGUAGCAGCAACAGCAAUACCAAGAUGCUUUGUGGUAGUGGAGGGUCGAGUGUGAACUUAUAUGCUGGUCAAGAGAUGGGUAAGGAUGAGGAUCGACAGCCUAAUUCGCAUCAUUCCCUAGCAAGUUUCUCGUCCAGCUCUUCGUCGACAUCGCUGACUAUGCUCACGAGUGGCAAUGACCAGUCAUCAGAUAUCUACCGGCACAAUGGCGCUGGCCGCUCUUACUGUAACCAGCAGCUUUCAUCCAGUCUGCGCUAUGGACUCUCUCGAAAAUAUCCUGAACACUUGACCACAUAUGCUGGUCGGUCGAUACUGGAGCACACGACGGUGCUGAAUGAGUAUGUGGACUGGUUGGCACAAUGUCAUGCCUACGGAAUCAAAUCUCGGAUGGUCAACAACCCUAAUGGUGGAGGUGCUGGUGCUGGUGCUGCCGCUGCCGCUGCCGGACAGGGUCAACCAGGAGGAGUGCCCGGAAUCGGACUGGGGCCAGGUGGUUCUGGUAAUGCGGAUGAACAGACGUUUAGCGGCUUCAGUGUCUUCAGCCUGAGCAUGGGCGGGGUUGUGGACGCGAAUGUGGUGGCCGAGCAUCAAGACGAAUGGAUCUAUCCGGGUAUGGCGCAGAUGAUGAUGCUUCGGUUCCCGGGCUUGGUGGUUGAAUGGCCCAAGUUCUGGAACAACUCUCGGGAGGCAUGGGGUCCACCCCCAGGUCCUAUUACAACGCUACCGGCACUGGCAGUGGUCAACAAUCCGGCAUUUUCGCUUGGGAAGGGCAAUGCUGGUGGAGUCAGUAGCGGAGUGAGCGCCGGAGCUGGAGGGCCCUUUGGCGGGGCUAGUUUGAACGGAGCUUCCAUGAACGGACCGAGUUCGUUAAGGCAUCAACAGCAGGCGCAGAUGCAUCAUCAACAGCAGAUGCAGCUGUGGAGUCGUAACGCUGCCGUCGUAGCUGCUACUACUACCGCUGCUGCUACUGGCACCGCGUUUGGUGCAGUUGAUGUCGGCCAGGCAGUACAGAGCCAGCCAGGCAUGUCAACCGCUGGUGUCGCUACUUCGGGCCCAGCUUCUGGAGCCUCGAGCAGCUACUGAGAGAGUGUCGUAUCAUCCCCCUGGCUUCUUUUAUUGGUGCUAGGUCUUGACACGCCAAGGCAUGCUACGUUGAGGUUAGGAACAAGGUCGCACAGCGAAGAAAAUAAAAGCCUAGUAAUGGAUGCUAAAACGAUA